CAAACCAUUUGAGGUUUGCCGCCCUGGUAUUAGGUUGAUUCAUAUGAUUCAUAUCUUAUACGUUUAUAUUACUUAGCGUAACAUAUGUAAUUGCAAUUUCAUAAGGUCCAUUUCUUUAUUGGUCUAGAUAGAGUGUGCCAACAGAAAUACUCAUUUUUCGGAUACGCUUGGGCUUGGUUAACUCCCAGUAUUGGCAUACAUCUCGCGGCAUCAACAUGACAUUACGUUUGACGUUUUUUCCAUUCAAGUUACUUGCAAAGAUUCGAAUAAAAUUAAUUUUAGCGCUUUUUGGACUGCUUGUAGGCGGAACAAUUCUUAAUUACACAUACCAACGAGACGAUGGAAAGGCGAUGACAUAUUUCACAUGGAAGCAAGCAAAUCUACAAUCCAUUAGUACAAAUGUUCCCAGACCACUCAACGAUGUGUUGCUGACGGAACCUCAGCCAAAACCCGGACGCACCAUAUUUUUUAUCGAGACCACCCGCGUUAUCAGGCCAAAACCAGAGAUGAUAAACAACAUGUUACAGCUGACGGCGCGUCAGGCUUGCGCAAUUGAGUCAGCAGCGUUGCAUAAUCCCACUUUUGAGGUGUUUGUCCUGUUCGCUGGUCCCACCUAUCGUUACUACGAGAACAGCAGCCAGCACCAGCAGCCGAUCAUUGAUGCAAUUCUAAGCUAUACGAAUGUGAAGCUCCGUCAAUUGAAUCUUAAACGAUUUGCGACCGGUACACCUAUUGAGGAUUGGGUAAAAUAUGGACAUCUGUUUAGCUCGAGCUUUCUGAUUAAUCACAUAUCUGAUCUGCUCCGGUUUAUAAGCCUUUAUCGCUUUGGUGGCAUCUAUUUGGACAUGGACGUGGUGGUAUUGCGCAGCAUGGAGGAUAUGCCCCUGAACUAUGCAGGCGCCGAGUCUGAUACUCACGUUGCCAGUGGUGUCAUGAGCAUGGCGCCUCAUGGCUUUGGACAUGAGUUUGCCGAAUCUUGCCUACGUGACUUUCAGAAGCAUUUCGAUGGUGGUGCCUGGGCCAACAAUGGACCUGGUGUCAUAACACGUGUAGUACAAAAGGUUUGUCGCACUAAAAAUAUCACAUUGAUGAUGGAGGACGAAAAUCGCUGCCUGGGCUUCAAGGUGUUUGACCGAAAUGCAUUUUAUGCGGUACCUUGGGAGGAUUGGCGACAUUUCUUUGAUCCAAAUUUAGUGAAGCAGACGCUGGCACGCACAAAGGAUUCGUAUUUAGUUCACAUGUGGAACGACGUUUCCAAACAGAUUAACAGGGUGGGUUCAAGUACCGCUUAUGAAAAAUAUGCGGAGCAACAUUGUCCAAGGGCAUAUGCUGCAUCUGCCGAAUUUUUCUAGGGUAUAGUUAAAUUUCUUUUUAAAAAAGAUUCCUUACGGACGAAGAUUUCCAAUAUGCACAUGACCAGCGUGGUUCUGAUAAGUGUCGAUCUGGCUGCCAUAAAUAACUCGUUCGCAUCCAUCCACAGCAAAUUUAAUGUUAUAUAAAUACAGCUAGCAAUUGUAAUACUUAAAUAAUAUAUAAAUAUGUUAUUCAAGGCAUUUCCUAAAACGAAAUAAAAGUUGGGCAAAGUAGAA